AUGGCGGAUACCCCUGGCCCAAUAACACGUGGUCUGAAAAUGCCACGGCUUGAACCAGCUGAACCAAGCAUGGGAUGGACGGUUACCCUGGAAGCCAUAAUAGACAGCAGUAAAGCAACGAAAACUGCAGAGGCAAUGUUAUCAGCUGAGGAGGCGAGCUGCGGACGGACGUCUUGCACAAAGCUGCCGAGGAGUGCCGUGUACCAACACACGAAUGCCAGUCCUACACCGCACAACCAAACCACUGCAGGGCCAACAUCUGUGCCGCUUACAGCUGGUCAUCUCCUCACCAAGCGACAAUAUCGCUCCCUGGCAAGCCACCCCCAAACUGGACAACUCUAUAUACCCGGUGGGCAUCGGCUAAACUGGGCUAACCCGAGUGGCGUGUGGUGCAGGGGUCCUGUACCUACAACCUACACCAUGCAAGACAUUGCAAUCGCUGGCAGACACCCAAGGCUCCGAUGUUAA